CCGGGGCCGGGCAGCUGCGCGAGGGCUGGGAACUGCGCGGCGGGGACGGCGGGCGACUCCAGCUUCGCCGCUCCGUGGGAAGCUAUGGGGACGCGCCCUUUCUCAGGGUGCCCAUCCAGCGGCGGCUCCGAGCGCCCUGCCCCGCAGCUUUAGGAAGCGAUCGUGGAGCAGAGUCACUCUCUCAAGACCCCCGGGACCCACUCGACUCCGGCCUUGCAUCGCCGAGCCUUUCUCCGGCCCCAGGAGCGUGAAGUAGAGCCGUCCUCCGGAGCGCGGCGAGGAGCAUGGGGAGAGCGGCGGCCCCCGGAGGCGGCAGCGGAGGGGCGUCCCUCUGGCUCCCGUGGCUGGGGCUGUGCUUCUGGGCGGCAGGGGCUGCGGCUGCCCGAGGAACUGACAACAGCGAAGUCCUUCCUGAAUCCAUCCCAUCUGCCCCCGGGACACUGCCUCAUUUCAUAGAGGAGCCAGAUGAUGCUUAUAUUAUUAAGAGCAACCCUAUUGCACUCAGGUGCAAAGCAAGGCCAGCCAUGCAGAUAUUCUUCAAAUGCAACGGCGAGUGGGUCCAUCAGAAUGAGCACGUCUCUGAGGAGAGUCUGGAUGAGAGCUCAGGCUUGAAGGUCCGCGAGGUGUUCAUCAAUGUUACCAGGCAACAGGUGGAGGACUUCCAUGGGCCCGAGGACUACUGGUGCCAGUGUGUGGCGUGGAGCCACCUGGGUACCUCCAAGAGCAGGAAGGCCUCUGUGCGCAUAGCCUAUUUACGGAAAAACUUUGAACAAGACCCACAAGGAAGGGAGGUUCCCAUUGAAGGCAUGAUUGUGCUGCACUGUCGCCCGCCAGAGGGAGUCCCUGCGGCUGAGGUGGAAUGGCUGAAAAAUGAGGAGCCCAUUGACUCUGAACAAGAUGAGAACAUUGACACCAGGGCUGACCAUAACCUGAUCAUCAGGCAGGCACGGCUCUCAGACUCAGGAAAUUAUACCUGCAUGGCAGCCAACAUCGUGGCUAAACGGAGGAGCCUGUCAGCCACUGUUGUGGUCUAUGUGAAUGGAGGCUGGUCUUCCUGGACAGAGUGGUCAGCCUGCAAUGUUCGCUGUGGUAGAGGAUGGCAGAAACGUUCCCGGACCUGCACCAACCCAGCUCCUCUCAAUGGUGGGGCCUUUUGUGAGGGAAUGUCAGUGCAGAAAAUAACCUGCACUUCUCUUUGUCCUGUGGACGGGAGCUGGGAAGUGUGGAGUGAAUGGUCCGUCUGCAGUCCAGAGUGUGAACAUUUGCGGAUCCGGGAGUGCACAGCACCAGCCCCGAGAAAUGGGGGAAAAUUCUGUGAAGGUCUAAGCCAGGAAUCCGAAAACUGCACAGAUGGUCUUUGCAUCCUAGAUAAAAAACCUCUUCAUGAAAUAAAACCCCAAAGCAUUGAGAGUGCCAGCGACAUUGCUUUGUACUCGGGCUUGGGCGCUGCCGUGGUGGCCGUUGCAGUCCUGGUCAUCGGCGUCACCCUUUAUAGACGGAGCCAGAGUGACUAUGGUGUGGACGUCAUUGACUCGUCUGCAUUGACAGGUGGCUUCCAGACCUUCAACUUCAAAACAGUCCGUCAAGGUAACUCCCUGCUCCUGAAUUCCGCCAUGCAGCCAGAUCUGACAGUGAGCCGGACAUACAGCGGACCCAUCUGUUUGCAGGACCCUCUGGACAAGGAGCUCAUGACAGAGUCCUCACUCUUUAACCCUUUGUCCGACAUCAAAGUCAAAGUCCAGAGCUCAUUCAUGGUUUCCCUGGGAGUGUCUGAGAGAGCUGAGUACCACGGCAAGAAUCAUUCCAGAACUUUUCCCCACGGAAACAACCACAGCUUUAGUACAAUGCAUCCCAGAAACAAAAUGCCCUACAUCCAAAAUCUGUCAUCACUCCCCACAAGGACAGAACUGAGGACAACUGGUGUCUUUGGCCACUUAGGGGGGCGCUUAGUAAUGCCAAAUACAGGAGUGAGCUUACUCAUACCACAUGGUGCCAUCCCAGAGGAGAAUUCGUGGGAGAUUUAUAUGUCUAUCAAUCAAGGUGAACCCAGCCUUCAGUCAGAUGGCUCUGAGGUGCUCCUGAGUCCUGAAGUCACCUGUGGUCCUCCAGACAUGAUCGUCACCACUCCCUUUGCAUUGACUAUCCCACACUGUGCAGAUGUCAGUUCUGAGCACUGGAAUAUCCAUUUAAAGAAGAGGACACAGCAAGGCAAAUGGGAGGAAGUGAUGUCAGUGGAGGAUGAAUCCACAUCCUGUUACUGCCUUUUGGACCCCUUUGCGUGUCAUGUGCUCCUAGACAGCUUUGGGACCUAUGCACUCACAGGAGAGCCAAUAACAGACUGUGCUGUGAAGCAACUGAAGGUGGCGGUUUUUGGCUGCAUGUCCUGUAACUCCCUGGAUUACAACUUGAGAGUUUACUGUGUGGACAAUACCCCUUGUGCAUUUCAGGAAGUGGUUUCAGAUGAAAGGCAUCAAGGUGGACAGCUCCUGGAAGAACCAAAGUUGCUGCAUUUCAAAGGGAAUACCUUUAGUCUUCAGAUCUCUGUCCUUGAUAUUCCCCCCUUCCUCUGGAGAAUUAAACCAUUCACUGCCUGCCAGGUACUGGCCAAACGGGUUUCUCACAGAAACAGCUUUGCUUUAACUAGCAAGCAUGUCACAGAUCCCGGCAAGGGUCAGCUUGAUUUUCCUCUUCCUUUAAAGGAUGGAUUUCAUCUCAAAACUGUCACAGAAAAGAAGUUCCAGUUCUCCCGUGUGUGGUGCAGUAACCGGCAGCCCCUGCACUGUGCCUUCUCCCUGGAGCGUUACACGCCCACCACCACACAGCUGUCCUGCAAAAUCUGCAUUCGGCAGCUCAAAGGCCAUGAACAGAUCCUCCAAGUGCAGACAUCGAUCCUAGAGAGUGAACGAGAAGCCAUCACUUUCUUUGCACAAGAGGACAGCACUUUUCCUGCACAGACUGGCCCCAAAGCCUUCAAAAUUCCCUACUCCAUCAGACAGCGGAUUUGUGCUACAUUUGAUACCCCCAAUGCCAAAGGCAAGGACUGGCAGAUGUUAGCACAGAAAAACAGCAUCAACAGGAAUUUAUCUUAUUUCGCUACACAAAGUAGCCCAUCUGCUGUCAUUUUGAACCUGUGGGAGGCUCGUCAUCAGCACGAUGGUGACCUUGACUCCCUGGCCUGUGCCCUUGAAGAGAUUGGGAGGACACACACGAAACUCUCAAACAUUUCGGAAUCCCAGCUUGAUGAAGCCGACUUCAACUACAGCAGGCAAAAUGGACUCUAGUCCAUUUCCUCCCAUGAAACAGAGUGAUGGCCAGCUUGGGGACAUUUGCUUUAAAUGGGAAAGAAAGAGGCCGCUUUCUGCCCAGUGGCAUUGGGGAAAUUCAGCCUUCAUUUACAAUCAGAUUCCCUGGGUGAAGAAACUAAAUUUUUUGUAUAAGUAAAACAUGUUAAUAGGAAAAAGUACGAGCUCUCGUACAUAGAAGAGGGCUCUACUGUCUCCUCGGAAUCCACAUUUGGGUUAAUUCUUCACAUUUGGAGUGGCAAGGAUAAAAGUGAGGGCAGAAGUAGUUGUGGGAAAAGAUGAGCUACAAUAAUGCUGGGAAGGCAGUUUUAAAACAGGUUUCCAAUGAUGUGCCCAAAGGACCAGCUGAUUCUGGUAGUAGACUGUCAGAGUUUUCUACCAACUGGCAUCUGUGAUAAUCAGAAAUCAUUGUAAAAUUGUCUUUUAGAAGCAAAACAGGUUGCCAACCCACAUGUAUGACUUCAACAAUGUCAAGGAGGGCAUUUAGAAUUUAGAAUCUGAGCAUAUCAUACCAGCACCAGCUCCCUUCUCUUCUAGCCACUUAAUGGAGACACAAUGGAGAGGUAAGACAGACCACAAACUAGAGUACUCCACCUUUUUAUUUCUUCCUGAGACAAAUGUACCCUUAUUCUUUCUUCCUCUGCCUUAGCCCUUGCAGUAGAGAGGUAUCAAGGAGCAUCAUUAAACUUGUCAAUAUGGAAAGUUGUUUUUUCUAACCCAAAAAAGUGGGACCACCUCUGUUCCCUUCUAAGCCACUCAAAUUGCUGAGUGCUAUUAGAACACAGCUUAUUCCAUGGAUAUGGAGACAGGAGAGAUUAAAGCAGGUUCAAAAACACAUGAACUGCAGAUGUCGUAGGCCUCAGAUCAGCUAUAAUUAUAGGAGGCAUGUUUUGAUCUAGUUCUCUAACAUUGUUAUCACAAGAAAAUGGGUUUUACUGUAUUUUUCAAUCCAGAUUCUUGAUAUUGUGUAAUGUGUUGGUACGAUGUCAUCACAUAAUCUCUCAAUAAGACUACAUGUGAUCCUCAUUUUGCCUCUUGGGAAAUUUGUAGACAGUCUUUGCUCAAAACAAUAUUUGAGUAAAUAUACUUGAGGAAUACCUCUACCACAGUGUCCCUGAA